AUGGCCUUCGGGUUUCUUGCUGCCCGAAAGUUUUCUGUCGCCCAAGCCCUCGAAUUGUAUCACAACUAUCAGUCUAUGCUGUUUCGAGAGAAUCUACCCGGUUUAGUGGAUCCCUUUGAAGAGGAGGUUCGACGGGAAUUAUUGUCGGGGAAAUUUGUUAUUCUCAAUGAUGCAGAUGCUUCGGGUGCUCGCGUGGCUCAAUUCUUUGUUCGUCUGUUUCGCAAUUCCACCAACCAUCAGGCCUUAUUGAAGAGCAUUCUGUUUCAGCUUGAUGCAGCAUUCAGAAAGUGA